UUCCCGCGGCAUUGUUGUGAAUGACGGCUGCCGCGGAGUCGAGCUGCGGGCCGGCGAGAGCUGGGUGGUGCGCCCGGCAACUGGCACCUGGAGUCCGAGGCGGCGCUCGGUGACUUUCACUCGCCUGCAAUCAACAGCAGCCACCCCCCAUUAAACACACACACUCAACAUGCAUAUGAGCAGCGAGGGUCCAGGUCAAACUAAAGAGGAAAGUGAUGGCGGAGCCGCAGAAUUGAGUUCCUAGUCGCGAAACCACAGGCGCGCAGUUGCAGCAGAAUAACAGGAGCAUCUCUGGUCACCUUAAUUACUGUUACACUUUUGCAAGUCUGCACUGGGUUUAUUUUUAAACUAUAAUUGUCUUAUAAGUGCUUGUGACAAGCGAUUCGUGUCCGCUUAAAGGGUCGAGAAUGCAACAAGUUGAUUGGAGCAAGGAGCCCAGCAUUCGCCUUUAUUAUGUUAUCAGCCUUCAGCAUGUUCUCUCAGCUAAUGGGAUUCCUCAUAUGGCCACCUUCCAUUUCACACUGUGAUCUCUCUAGCUGAGGAAGCAAGGCUACAUACUUCAUGAUUGCUGGGAUUCACAGAGAAGAGACAAUUAAUUAUGCGAAGAUUACUUUGUUGCAAGGUGGUCUUGGCCACAUCUUUGAUCUGGGUGCUUCUGGAUGUCAUCUUACUGCUCUACUUCAGUGACUGCAAUAAGUGUGAUGAUAAGAAAGAUCGAUCUCUCUUGCCUGCCCUGAGAGCUGUCAUUUCCAGAGCUCAAGAAGGUCCAGGUGAAAUGGGAAAGGCUGUCCAUAUUCCUAAAGAAGAUCAGGAGAAAAUGAGGGAUUUGUUCAAAAUCAAUCAGUUUAAUCUCAUGGCUAGUGACAUGAUUGCACUGAAUAGAACUCUUCCAGAUGUGAGAUUGGAAGGAUGCAAGACAAAGGUCUAUCAAGAUGAUCUUCCAGACACAAGUGUUGUCAUUGUUUUUCAUAAUGAAGCCUGGAGUACUCUGCUUCGUACGGUUCACAGUGUAAUUAUUCGUUCCCCAAAGAAUGUCCUUGCGGAGGUUAUUCUUGUGGAUGAUGACAGUGAGAGAGAUUUUUUGAAGAAACCUUUGGAGAGUUACGUUAAGAAUUUGCAAGUUCCAGUGAAGAUCAUUAGGAUGGAACAACGAUCGGGAUUGAUUCGUGCCAGGCUUCGGGGCGCAGCUGCUUCGAAAGGCCAGGUCAUCACUUUUCUGGAUGCACACUGUGAAUGCACUGUUGGUUGGCUUGAGCCGCUACUAGCAAGAAUAAAAGAAAACAGAAAAACUGUGGUUUGCCCAAUUAUCGACGUAAUUAGUGAUGAUACCUUUGAAUACAUGGCUGGUUCUGAUAUGACAUAUGGUGGAUUUAACUGGAAAUUGAACUUCCGCUGGUAUCCUGUCCCUCAGAGAGAAAUGGACCGCAGAAAAGGGGACAGAACAAUUUCUGUUCGGACACCAACCAUGGCAGGAGGCUUGUUUGCAAUAGACAGGAACUACUUUGAAGAAAUUGGAACUUAUGAUGCAGGAAUGGAUAUAUGGGGUGGAGAGAAUCUGGAGAUGUCAUUUAGGAUCUGGCAGUGCGGUGGUUCCCUGGAAAUUAUUACGUGUUCUCAUGUUGGGCACGUGUUCCGUAAGGCAACUCCAUAUACAUUUCCUGGUGGUACAGGGCAUGUAAUUAACAAGAACAAUCGUCGACUGGCAGAGGUCUGGAUGGAUGACUUCAAAUACUUCUUUUACAUUAUAUCUCCAGGUGUUGUUAAAGUGGAUUACGGAGACGUGUCAGCCAGAAAACAACUAAGAGAAAGACUGAAGUGUAAAUCUUUCUCGUGGUACUUGGAAAAUAUUUAUCCUGAUUCCCAGAUCCCAAGGCAUUACUACCUACUUGGUGAGAUUAGGAAUGUCGUUACAAACCAGUGCCUCGAUAACAUGGGACGGAAGGAGAAUGAAAAGGUUGGCAUCUUCAAUUGCCACGGCAUGGGGGGAAACCAGGUAUUCUCCUAUACAGCAGACAAAGAGAUCAGGACGGACGAUCUGUGUCUGGAUGUGUCCAGGCUUAAUGGCCCAGUUGUAAUGCUUAAGUGUCAUCACAUGAGAGGGAACCAGUUGUGGGAAUAUGAUAUACAGAGACUUACACUACGGCAUGUAAAUAGUAACCAGUGUCUGGAUGAGCCAUCUGAGGAAGAUAAAAUGGUUCCUACCAUGAGGGACUGCAGUGGAAUCCGAUCCCAGCAGUGGCUGCUCCACAACAUGACCCUGAGUGUUUGAGGAUGGAAGAAGCUCCGUGGAUCAAUUCCAUUGGCGUUCCAGCUUUUAAUACAAAAUCCACAAUGAACUCCUGACUGUUGAUGGUCCUGAGUGACUAAAACAAAUUUUGGAAGCUUUUUGACUGAGUGGUUGAAAGCCUAUUAGGCAUUGCUCAUAUCUCAAUAUGGCAUGUCAUGUGCCCACACUUAAAUUGCAUUUACUUUGGGAGAAAGCACAUUGCAGUCUAUAAAUAGCAUGAUGCGUGCUGUUGCUAAUACUAUAAAACACUUGAAAUGAAUCAGUUGACUUAAAUCCUCGGUCUUCUAAGGAAAUGCACUGAAAAUCAGAUUACCCAAUAAUGUCAUUACAGAUUCACCCGGGAACGACUAUGUGGUCAGAUGCCUUAAAAAUAAUAGUUCAAAUAAAUUAAACGUAUUUUUGAGAGCAAAACUGAAAUCUAAUUACUGUUAAAAUGUUUGAAUCAAUCCUUAAAUUAAGUCAACAUCUUGUUUGCUACUUUGCUUACACUACGGAUUUAUUGUGACAAUACAUUAUCAAGAAAUAUAACAAUAUCAUGGUGAUUUAACAAAAGGGAGAGUUGUUACAAUUCACAGUCCAUUGCUGAACUUAUCAAAUAUUCAAAGUAGUGUAGAAAACAGUUCAAAUUGCAUCUCAAUAUCAAUUAAAUAUCAGAAACUACUUACUGAGAAUAUUCAAACAUCAGAGCAUAGAUUAUUGGAUGAGAAAAUAUCAGAAUAUAUCAUUGACGGUUUUAUAUUUUUAAGCGAGAUCCCUAUUUGGAGGUUGUAAAUGUUAGCAUUUACCAACAAUUUUUAACAUUUAAUUUUGAAAUAACGUAAGAAUUUUAGAUGAAUAAAAUGUUAUAAAAGUGAAUACUGAUGGGUCGACAUACUGCAGAUAUUUUAAGUGACAUUAUUAGCAAUAGAUAUUAAGUGAAAUAAUCCUUAUUUUGUUUGAUGCUACUUUAAGUCUAAAUUUGGGAUGUUUAUGAUGUAACUGGCUUCAUCUUUGUUUAGAGUUGGUUGAAAACAAAGGGCAUAAUGCUGCUUCAAGCUAUAAAGCAUGAGUAAACCCACUUAGUACCACACCACAACUAGGAAAACCUGGCCAGUAUUCAUAACAUGGUUGCUUCUUCGGGAAUAUGCUCAAGAUGCUGUUGCAUACUUUGCUGUAAAUUAAGCUAUUUGUACAUUUUUUUGUAGAAAUUAAAUUAUAUGAAAAAUCAAAA